CACCACAAACUUUCACACACCAACAGAAAUGAUUCUGUUACAAUCAAUGCCUCGAUUACAUUCGCGAUGGUUUGGAUUUUAUAUCAUGAAAAUAAAUUUAUUGUCAACUCUAUUCAUGAGUACCGCGAUGAUGAUGACGAUGAUCAAUGUUCAAAGUGAUUCAGCUGUAACAACUGGUUCAUGUUUUGCAAAACGACUAAACAGUGGUAAUUGUAUUGGUUUAAUGAAAGACAGUAUAACACAGCUGGAAUGUUGUAAACGACGUGGUUUCUAUUUAAAUCGUCAAAUUACUCAACAAGAAUAUUUAACAGAUCAUUUGCUGUUUGAAUCCGGUACACCGAAUUGUGUACAAGCCUGUGAUGAAGAAUUACCUUCAAGCUGUAAAGGAUACGUUUGUCCUGAAGGACAUUAUUGUCGUAUGAUUAAUAAUGAACCAAAAUGUAAAUGUCGUUUACGAUGUACUGCAGCCGAUUAUUUAACUGGUCCAUUAUGUACUACGAAUUUACGACGAUUUCAUAAUCAAUGUCAUUUGAAACAAGCACGUUGCGCGUUACCAAAAGAAAGUCUUGAAGUGAUUCCAUGUCCAGAUGAAGGUUUACGUUGUUCUGAGUUGAGUAUUUUAUCAGAGAGAAAUUUCAAUUUAAAUUCUAUGCUGAAACAAUUGUACUCAGGCGGUAAUGAGAAUGAUGAUGUUGAUGUCGGUGAUGUUGGCGAUGACGUUGAAGAACAAAGCAAACAUACACCGUCAUUAUUUUCAACGCUGACUUCAACAAGUCCAACUAAUAAACCUAUUCAAUCAUCAUCUUCAUCAUCAACAAACAAUCAAGAAUAUAUUGACAAUGACAAUGAGAAUAUCAUCAUAAUGAAUCGUAAAUUACCAACUGAUUCAAAUGCUUAUCUUUUUUCAAGUAUGAACAAAUUUAACAACAAUGAUGAAUCGAUAUUCGAUGAAAAAUCCCUUUAUUCUAAUGUUGAAUUAUCGAAAGAAUUAAUUUGUAAUGCAAAUGAAUAUUGUCUGUUGCGUCAAUUUGAUGGACGUCCAUCAUGUGAAUAUUGGAGUGAAGAAUCAUGGCAAACAUUGACUACAUGUCCUGAGUCAACAUUUCAUCAACCAAUGUGUAGUAUAGAUAAUCAAACAUUUUAUAAUAGUUGUGAUUUGAAAUUAGCCGGAUUAAAGAAUCAAUUAGAGACAAGAAUUGCUUAUAAAGGAGAAUGUCGUAGCAAAGCUACUUGUUCUAACGUUGAAUGUCCAAGAGCUGGAAUGCGAUGUACACCGCAUCAUUUAACUGGUCAACCAGUAUGUAUGGAUUGUGCAAAACUACCGUUAGACUGUAAUGCAUCAUUUAGAAAUGGACAAGAAACACUGACACCAUCAGCAUCUUCAUCAUUGUCAUUAUCACCGUCGUCAGGAAUCACAGCAACAUCCACAACAACCACAAAGAGGCGAACACAAGUAUUCGGUGAUCCAGUUUGGAAAACACCAGUGCAAACAUAUGGUUGGCCAAUUGUUUGUGGAUCAAAUGGGAAAACUUAUCGUAACACAUGUUUUCUUCAUGUUGUCAAUUGUUUAAGUGAUAAAUUUGUUGAAUUGAAGAAACCAGAAUUUUGUAGUGACAAAGUUUGUUUAAUUGAAAGUAACACUACUACUAAUACUACUACUACUACUACUACUAAUUGA